AUCACACAGUCCCCCGGUUGUGGCCGGGAAACUGACCUGGAACGAUGUGGGUGUUAGCUGUCCUCUUCCUGGCAUCUGUCACAUUCUGUAUACAGAACGAUAUUGUUUACGUGAUUGAUAUCUCAGGAAGUCUUUCUCAGUCAGACCUGAAUUACUCAGUUGAUUUUCUCGAUGACAUCACACAAUACCUAACCAUUGGACCUUCCGACGUUAAAAUAUCCAUAGUAACAUUUUCGAAUGUUUCCACGAUACGGAAUGAUUUUACCUCCUUAUCUAGCCAGGCUGACGUUAUUACUGCAUUACAGAGCCUGAAAUCGCUAACCACUGCUGGAGGUACGAAAACCUACCUAGCACUAAAUGAUUCCUACGAUCUUCUGACGUCGGGUACAGGUGGCAUGCGUAGUGGCGUUAACAAAACAGUAGUGGUUCUUACUGAUGGAAGGUCGGACAAUCGAUUGCAUACAAUUGAGGCUGCAAACAAUCUGCACGACAACGGGAUUGAAGUGUUUUCUGUAGGAGUUGGGAGCGAAGUCACGUACGACAAGACUGAAUUGUACGACAUUGCAAGUGAUCCCGACUCCCAUUACCAGCAUGACAUAGAGGAUUUUACCUAUCUGUGCAAUGUGGUUCCCGCACUUGCUGUCAAAUUGGAUCCAAGUCUGACCGCUAUUACUUUGCCUCCUGACUGCAUGACAACUACAACUACGACUGCUAGCCCGAAAAAGAAGAAAGCAACUGAGGCACCAACAACUCAGACCACCACCACCGAAACCACCACUGUCACUGAAGUUACAACUACAACCACAGAAAGCCCAACUACAACCACAGAAACCACAACAGAAAGCACCACCAUAACAUCUACUGUUACCAGUACUCCAGCGACAACUGUUACCACCACAACCUCAGCUGUAACUAGCGGUGCCGUGACAACUCUUACUACAGAUACCACCACUUCCGCUAAUGGGACUGCUGGGAGUUCUCAAAGCCAGAGAUCUGUCGCUAAGGAUGACUCUUCGGUAUCCAUUCCUAUCAUCGUUGUUGGGGCUACGGCUUCUCUCCUUCUCCUCUCCUCCAUUCCUGGGGGCUAUUUCCUUUACAAGGCCGCCUUAAGGAGAAAAAUCCAUCAGGAGGAAAAGGAAGAGGAAGUCAGAAACGCUAUACUGCCCUAUCAGAAUUCGUUACCCAAGCAUCUAGGCCCUGGAAAACCAGCUUGGCAAACCUAGUUUUACCGAAAUAGAGGCCUAUUCGUUGUGAAAGUAUUCGGUGCUAGUUUGAGGAUACUGCUGUGAUAGCAUAUUUAUAAAUUAUACAGGCUUUUAGAAAGCUGGUGACAAUCACU